AUGGAGGAGAAAUUACAAAGAAAAAACAAAACCAUGAUCGGGAAAUCACCGCCAGGAAACAAAAUCAACGCCGAUGCCAAUGUACAACGGCAGCAGAACAAAAAUAUGACCGGGAACUCACCGCCACAAAAUACCACCGCCAAUUCAUCCAACGAUGGCAAUGCACAACAACGACAGCAGAACAAAACCAUGAUCGGAAAGUCACCAGCAGGAAACGUCAAUGUAAACUCAUCCAAAUCCAAUGAUGGCAAUGUACAACGGCCGAACAAAACCAAGAUCGGGAACUCACCUCCAGAAAACGUCAACGCCAAUUCAUCCAAGGAUGGCAAUGUACAACAACGGCAGCAGAACAAAACCACGAUUGGAAACUCACCGGCAGGAAAGGUCAAUGCCAAUUCAUCCAAAUCCAAUGAUGGCGAUGGACAACAACGGCAGCAGAAGAAAACCAUAAUCGAAAACUCACAGGCAGGAAACGUCAAUGCCAAUUCAUCCAAAUCCAAUGAUGGCGGUGUACAACAACGGCAGCAGAACAAAACCAUGAUCGAAAACUCACCGCCAGGAAAGGUCAACGCCAAUUCAUCCAAAUCCAAUGAUGGCAAUGAAAUGCCAACGCCAAUUCAUCUACCGAUGGCAAUGUACAACGGCAGAACGAAACUAUGA